GCGCAGUUAGUAAACAUUGGGACUCCAUUCCAGUCUGUCAGUGAGGUUUCCCUGAGCCUCGCAUCCUGAACAGCUGUCUACUGUGAUAACUUCACCUGCUUCACCAAACAAAAAAAAACAACUCUACUAUGAGCGGAGAUCAUGGACAUGGAGACUCACAGGUCAAUUCUGGAUCUAAAGGAAGCGUCACUCACAAACAUAAAGACAAGCACAGAGACAAGGAACACAGACACAAAGACCACAAGAAAGACAAGGAGCGAGAGAAAUUCAAGUACAGCAACAGCGAACAUAAGGACCACUCUGAGAGGAAACACAAAGACAAAGAAAAGCUGAAGCACAGUGACGGCAGCUCAGACAAACACAGAGAAAAACACAAAGAGAAAGACAAGGACAAAGAGAAGAGGAGAGAGGAGAAGAUCAAAUCAUCCCAUGUAGACAAGCCUAAAAAGGAGAAAGAAAAUGGAUAUGUAAGAGAUGCAAGCCCUCCUGCCAUUAAGAGCGAGCCUGAAGAGGACAACGGCUUCUACCCCUCCCCCCAACACAAUAAGAGCUCCAAACGAGAGUAUGAUGAUGAAGAAUUUGAAUACAAGCCCAAAAAAGUCAAGACAGAACACGACAAAAAGGCCAAGAAGAGGAAACAUGAGUACGAAGAGGAUGAGGAGGAUGAGGACAUCAAGCCCAAAAAGAAGACAAAAGACAAAAAUGUAACAGAGGGAAAGAAAUCCAAAAAAGAAGAAGAGGAGAAGUGGAAAUGGUGGGAGGAGGAAAGAUACACAGAUGGCUCCAAAUGGCGCUUCCUUGAGCACAAGGGUCCAGUGUUUGCACCUCCGUAUGAACCCUUGCCUGAUAAAGUCAGAUUUUUCUAUGAUGGCAAGCCUAUGAAACUUAGUCCUCCUGCUGAGGAGGUAGCAACGUUUUUUGCCAAGAUGUUGGAUCAUGAGUACACCACUAAGGACAUCUUCAGGAAGAACUUCUUUAAGGACUGGAGGAAGGAAAUGACAUCAGAGGAGAAGUCAAAGAUCACCGACCUGAACAAGUGCAACUUCAGUGAGAUGAAUGAGUACUUCAAGGCCCAAUCAGAAGCUAGGAAGCAGCUAUCAAAAGAGGAGAAACAGAAAAACAAAGAAGAGAAUGAGAGACUCCUCCAGGAGUACGGUUUCUGCAUCAUGGACAACCACAAGGAGAGGAUUGGUAACUUCCGCAUUGAGCCGCCAGGCCUCUUCCGAGGACGAGGCGAUCAUCCGAAGAUGGGCAUGCUUAAACGACGCAUCAGACCUGAAGACAUCAUUAUUAACUGUAGCAAGGACUCCAAGCACCCCAAACCUCCCCCAGGAACAAAAUGGAAGGAGGUUCGCCAUGACAACAAAGUGACCUGGCUGGUAUCUUGGACAGAGAACAUCCAGGGCUCCAUCAAGUACAUCAUGUUGAAUCCUAGCUCCAGGAUCAAGGGGGAGAAGGACUGGCAGAAAUAUGAGACUGCUCGACGGUUAAAGAAAUGUGUGGAUCGCAUCCGUACCCAGUAUAGGGACGACUGGAAGUCAAAAGAGAUGAGGAUCAGGCAGAGAGCCGUGGCGCUGUAUUUCAUAGACAAGCUUGCACUAAGGGCGGGUAACGAAAAGGAGGAAGGUGAGACAGCCGACACAGUGGGCUGCUGCUCGCUGCGGGUGGAGCACAUCAAAUUGUACCCCAAGAUGGAUGACCAGGAGUACGUGGUGGAGUUUGACUUCUUGGGAAAGGACUCCAUCCGCUACUACAACAAGAUCCCUGUGGAGAAGAGGGUUUUUAAAAACCUUCAGCUGUUCCUGGAGAACAAGCAGCCUGAAGAUGACCUCUUUGACAGACUGAAUACUUCUAUUCUGAAUAAGCACUUACAGGAGCUGAUGGAUGGCCUGACAGCCAAGGUCUUUCGCACCUACAACGCCUCCAUCACCCUGCAGCAGCAGCUCAAGGAGCUUUCUUGCUCUGAUGACAGUAUCCCAGCUAAAAUCCUGUCAUACAACCGAGCCAACCGUGCAGUGGCCAUCCUCUGUAACCACCAGAGAGCUCCACCCAAAACAUUUGAGAAGUCCAUGCAAAACCUUCAGACCAAGAUCGACGAGAAACAGAAUCAACUGUCAGCAGCCAGGAAGCAGCUGAAGGCUGCCAAGGCUGAUCACAAGGCUUCCCAUGAUGACAAGAGUAAAAAGGCUGUGGAGGUGAAGCGGAAAGCUGUCCAGAGGAUAGAGGAGCAGCUGAUGAAGCUCCAGGUGCAGGCCACAGACAGAGAGGAGAACAAGCAGAUUGCUCUGGGCACCUCCAAGCUCAACUACUUGGAUCCACGCAUCUCUGUUGCAUGGUGCAAGAAAUGGAGUGUUCCCAUUGAGAAGAUCUACAACAAAACCCAGAGAGAGAAGUUUGCCUGGGCAAUUGACAUGGCUGACAAGGAUUACGAGUUUUAAACACACUUAAUGUUUUACCUUUUCUACCCAUGCCUUUGAUUGUAAAGAUGGUUUGUAGUUGAUGUCAAAUGAUUCCACUGUGUGGUUACUGCAGGGCUGGGAAGGAGGGAGCAGAGACUUUGUCCGAGUUGUGACCACAAUUUAAUACUUGUGCUGUAUAUAUGGAUUGGUUGUGACCAUAGGAAAAUAACUCCUGAACCAUUUGACCAAGCUGCCAAAGGGCAUCUCUCUUUAAAAAAUGACAGUAGUGUGUAUGUAGCUGCAGCUAUCUGCCCAUGAUCAAACACCUAUGAACACAUUAGUAUUAUCUUUUGUCAGACAUGACUGUGCUGAAAUUUGUAAGCCAUCAGACUGAUUGAGAAAUUCUAUAUUCUCAUAGAAUAAUGAAUUAAUAAAUGUUUGUGUGGGAGACUGUGAGGAACAACAUGAGAGAUGAUAGGAUGAAUUUCAGUUUGUGGAAUUUUAGUGUGAAAGAUUGGUACAAUAAAAUGAGCCUGACAGCCUGAAGACAGUGUGAAGAACAGAAAACCCUAGCACUAUGCUCACCUAAUUAUUAGCACACCGAAUGUCAUCUUAUUUUUUUUUCAUUUAGUUUGAUUUUGUUGUUUAUUUCAGGGAUGUAAAUAUUUUUUGUCAUUUUUCAGUAACUAUGAUUCAGUGUUUUAUAAAAUGUGUGCUGUAUUCAUUGUCAACAGAAAGCUCUUCAUUGCUCAUAUGCAACUCGUGUGUGUCUGUUUCCACAGUUUUGCAAUGAACAAGACUGCACAUUCCUCUUGGUUACUUGAAACAGCUGACGUACUGCAUAAUAUUUGGUCAGAGCUGAAGAGAAACUGUUCCUUCAGACAGAGACAGUUUCUGAGAGGGGUGUGGAUUUUGCCAAAAAAGAAGUCUUAUCAUUGUAGUGUGCUGUUUUUUGUAUUGCUGUGAUUAAGCAGAAAGUGUCCUCUUUGAAUUAAUUUCCAAAUGUGAAUGGAUAAUUUAACUUUAACCAUUAACUAUUUCAUGAUAUUUGAUCAUUUAUCACACAACUCCUGAUUGGUCGAAUGCUUAUUGUUUUGAGCUUUGUAGUUUUCAGAAUAAAAUAUCAACCUUG